AUGACCGUCAAUUUAGGGCCAGGGUUCUUCACCCGAUAUCUCUCCGCGGUCACCCCAAAACUCAUCUCAUACGCCCGACGACUCGGGGCCAGAAACUGGGAUACCACUCAAAAAUUACGAGAGCUGGCUCAGGUUCUAGCCGGGCCUCUGCGUAUCAACAGUUUCCCAACAUUCUGCGCGACUUUGGUCGGCGGUUCAACCUUCCUACCGGCGCUGUUGUAUCGGAUAUGUGUCUCGAUCGUAGCCGGUCCCUCCAAGGGUGACAUUCGACUGUCCCUGCGUCUGUGCCGCUUAAUCCAGUUUGUGACGGCAUUCAUCUCGGCAUGGUUUAGUUUCCAACUACUGAACAAGGACCGUGGCCUUUCACGGAAAGACGUAAGCAGGAGAAGAGCAACAAUCAGCCAAGAUGAGAGCCCUGCCAGUGUCCCGGCCAAUACUCUCGAGCGCCCACCGCUCCCAGAGCUGGUUGGGAGGACAAUGGACCUCACUCUUUUCACCGUCACAAGAGCGGUUGACGUGGUUGCCUGUCUGGCAUGGAGUCGUUGGCGGCGCCGUCGCAGAUUACAAAAUCGCUGGUCCCUGGCUGAAUCAUUGGCCCCCGGUCUCGCAGACGCCGGAGUCUUCGCCAUGAGCGCAGCCGUAGUCAUGUGGGCAUGGUUUUAUGUUCCGGAAAGGCUACCUCGAAGUUACGAAAAGUGGAUUGGGGAGGUGGCCAAGGUGGACACGCGGUUGAUCGAGGCUCUCCGUCGAGUUCGCUGGGGCACUUUCGUAUAUGGAAAGGAUACAGGUCAAGCACCUCUUCUAGAAGCCAUGUGCAGAGACUACAACUGGCCCAUAGAAUGGGGCGACCCAGCCAAAACAGUACCCAUUCCGUGCGAAAUGGUGCAUAUGGGCUGCGGCCCUAAUUGCGAGCUCCACGCGCUGUCCCGCUUUGCUAGGACCUUCAAGUUUGCUUGUGCAACCUACAUCCCAUUGCAGAUUGUUCUGCGCUUACGGAACUUGAAAAACCCUGCCGUCUUGACUCGGGCCAUAUCCGAGGGUGCCCAGUCAUCUGCCUUCCUCGCAUCAUUCGUGAGCCUCUUCUACUACGCCGUUUGUCUCGCCCGGACCCGACUUGGCCCCAAGAUCUUUGACCCGAAGACAGUCACCCCGCUGAUGUGGGAUUCUGGUCUCUGUGUUGGGGCAGGAUGCUUUAUGUGUGGAUGGAGUGUGCUUGUUGAAAAGGCGCGAAAGCGACAAGAGCUGGCAUUGUUUGUGGCACCUAGAGCUGCGUCUACGGUGUUGCCACGGUUGUAUGAUAAAAAGUAUUUUUACCGUGAGCACAUUGCCUUUGCGACGAGCGCUGCUAUUCUUAUUACCUGCCUUCGGGAAAAACCUCGCUUGGUCCGAGGCGUCUUUGGCCGUCUUGCUACCAGCUUGUUGAACUAG